AUUAGUACUUUUCAAGAUUCCUCACUUUAAUCUUAGGUCAAAAGCAAGGCAUCUCGAAUCCCAUUUAAAUGCUUUCAUGUUUGGUCAUUUAAAACAGUCAUUUCUCUGCCAUCUUUCUUUGUGUUUUUUUCUCUUUGAACAUUUUCAAUCAAACAGAUGAAUAGCGGGCUCCAGAUUCUGUCACCAGCCUCUUGUUUACAUGCUUCCAACUGGUUGUUUCAAGAGAACAGAGAUAUAAAAUGGACUCACGAAGAGAACAAAUGUUUCGAAAAUGCUCUGGCUUUGUACGAUAAAGACACCCCUGACCGAUGGUUUAAGGUGGCUGCAAUGAUUCCUGGGAAAACUGUGGCAGAUGUAAUCAAACAGUACAGAGAAUUGGAAGAGGAUGUUAGUGAUAUCGAGGCAGGGCUGAUACCAAUUCCUGAAUAUAUCAGUGGUUCCUUUUCGUUGGAUUACACUCCAGGUGGAAAAAAAGGGACUGCAACUCGACCUUUCGAUCAAGAAAGGAAGAAAGGGGUUCCAUGGACCGAAGAAGAGCACAGGCAAUUUCUAAUGGGACUUAAAAAGUAUGGUAGAGGGGAUUGGAGGAGUAUUUCACUCAACUUUGUGACAUCUAGAACACCGACUCAAGUGGCGAGUCACGCUCAAAAAUACUUCAUCAGGCGGCUUACCGGAGGGAAGGAAAAGAGGCGGUCAAGCAUCCAUGAUAUCACGACGGUUAACAUCCCGGGCGAUACACCGUCUACUCCCCUUGAUCAUUGCAAGCCUUCGUCUCCUGAUAAUUCUUCUGCCGUAGCCAGGGUAACAACUACAGAGCUGUUUGAUUUCGAGUGGAACCGACAAAAUGGAGCAGCAGCUAUUGUUUUCUCCCCUUCCUGCCGGUUUCCUCCAUAUGGAACCAAGCAAGAAGAACACAAUUUGCGAAGUGGAGCUCCGAUCGGAUCUCAAUUCGAAUCACUCGACACUCUUUGACAGAUGCAGUUGAUGCAACGCCAUGAUAAAGGAGUUAUGUGUAGGUUUCGUUAUUAAUUAAUGAGAUGAAGAUCAAGUCUAAUAGACA